AUGGCAUCGGUUAAACGAGACGAAGUCAAACAAGCUUGGGAAGAAACUGAGUUUCCCCUCGUCUGUGAGACCUGCCUCGGAGACAAUCCUUACGUGCGCAUGACGAAAGAACGCCACGGCAAAAAGUGUCAAAUUUGUGAGGCUCCAUUCACGGUAUUUGCAUGGCAGGCCGGCACGAAAGGACGCCUCAAGCGAGUUGAGAUAUGUCGAUCAUGUGCGCAAGCCAAAAACGUCUGUCAAGUGUGCAUUUAUGACUUACAGUAUGGUCUUCCCGUCAAAGUUCGCGAUCGUGUCCUGCGGGAAGCAGGCAGUGCAUCAGCCGUAUCGGCAGUCCCACAGAGUAUGGCGAACCGUUCUUGGUACACGGCACAACAGAACCGAGCUUUGGAACAAGGCAACAAUGCGUUAGGUGAUACCAAUGAACUAGCUCAUGCGAAGCUGAAUGACAUGUCUCGAAUGGAACCUCGGUACGAACGCAAUUUACCCAAACUAUGUAGCUUUUUCGCUCGGGGCGAAUGCGAUCGCGGUGCUGAUUGUCCAUUUCGCCACGAAAUGCCUCGGGAUCGCAAUGAUCCCAUGUCGAAGCAGUCUACCAAGGACAGAUUCUAUGGAAGUAGCGACCCGGUUGCUAACAAGAUUCUAGGUAGAAAGCGUCGGCAAGAAGAAGAACAGCAGAAACAAGACGAGGAGGAAGGUUACGACAAAGCUAAAGCCACUCUCUACGUCCGUUUCCAGGGAGAUUCCCCUUUUCCGGACAUGACUGAAAUGGAUGUCCGUGAUCAGUUUUAUUCCUUUGGCGAGAUUGUGUCGAUUCGGAUCCAGUCCGAGCGAGGACAGGCUUUUGUAGAGUACACACAGCCUGAAGCGUCUGAAUUAGCAAUUGCCUCCAUGAAUCGCAAAGAGCUUUUAGGUCGGACCAUCAGCGUUAGGUGGGCCAGGUCUUCAAAAAGAGGAGAAGCCGACAUUUCUGAU